ACGUUUGUCCACGUUUAUCAACUCAAAACCACGUGACACGUCAGUUCCUUAUAUUAUUAUAAUCAAAAACUAUUCAAAUUUUUAAGUCAAAAGAAAAGUGGAGUUAAAAAAUUUGAUUAAAUAUGGAAACUUUAUAUCAUCAGACGAAUAAAGUUGUCCAAGAAACGCAACACUUGUUUAUGCAAUUAGAAAGAAAUUUGCUGAAUGCAAACUCUCAGGAUGUGGAAAACGAUAUUGAAACAAAGAUUAACCUUAUUAAUAGAAAUUGCGAACGACUUGAAAUUUUAUGCAUGAAAGGUCCAGUUUCACAAAGGCAGAAUGCCAAAAUGCGAGUGGACCAAUUAAAAUACGACAGUCGUCAUCUAACAGCUGCAUUAGUUUCAUGGAGGAAUCAAAUUUUACGCCGACAACAGGACGAAGCAGAAAGAGAGGCACUAUUGUCACGAAAAUUUACUACAAACGAUCACGUCGACAUAAUGAUUGAUCACAAUAUGCAACACAGCAAUAGUUUAAAUAACGCUUCACGUGGUGUUGAUGAUCUGAUUUCUCAUGGUUCUGGUAUUUUAGAUAAUUUACGAAGUCAAAGAGUGACAUUGAAGGGUGCCCACAAGAGGUUAAUUGACAUUGGAAACACUUUAGGUUUAUCGAAUACAACAAUGAGAUUGAUAGAACAAAGAGCACGACAGGAUGGCUUCAUCUUGGUCGGUGGUAUGCUCUUUACUUGCAUUGUGAUAGUUUUGGUUAUUGUGUAUCUCGCGUAGUUUAAAUGACAUGAUGUUUUAUAUUCUUUAUAUUAUUAUAUAUGUAUAUUGUCCUUUGUAAAAUUUUCAAAAUUAUCUCAAAUGUACAUGCCUAUUAUUAUGUAGAUUGUAAUUUAUUUAUUAUUUUUGUACAUAGGGAACAAGUUUUCAAUUUUACUUUUAUUUAUAGAUUUCCUGUUUAGAGAAAUGCAUUUUAAUUAACACCAAAAAUAUUACACAGAAUAUUACACAUAAAUGUCGAUAUUUUAAUUUUUCACUAUUUUGUUCUUUUGUACAAAAAAGUAUUUAUCCAAUAAAUGCUGAAUCACAA